AUGAGUAAAAGAAAGCCGUUAAAUGAAAAACAACUAAUGGAGCUAAUUGAGGCCGGCCUAUCAGAUAUUGACGGGCUUAGUGAUGAUGACAAUGACGAUUAUGGUUGGGGAGAUAGGGAGCAAGAAGUUAGUAGUGAUGAUGAUAAUGAGUUGAAUGAAAGCAGUGAAUUAGUUGAAAAUCAGGAAAGACCACCUCACCUUGAAGAUGCUGGAGCAAAUACAUCGGAAUGUGAACAAAGAGUAGAAUCAACUAUCAUGAAAACAGUAAAAAGUAUUGAAGUUGUUACUAAACCCAUGGUCAGAGGGAAAGGUCCUAAAAUAAUUAACCAAUAUAAGAAAGCUGCUGAUUCCGACAAUUUUGAGUUGACAACUGCCGACAAGAAAACAGAUUUUAACGAUAGUUCAAAUUCCUUGGUGUUUUUAGGAGAUAUUUCUCGCAUCAAGCCUAUUGGUUAUAGGUCAUUCAAAAGACGAGUAUUAUCGUCGUCAACGCCAAGGUCUAAGGUGAAACCUUCUUUGCAAGCAGAAGUUCCAUCCACUUCUGAGAUGGAAACUACUAAAAAUGAUAAGUUGCAAGCAGAAGUAUGUAUUUCAUCCAUCCAUCCGUCUACCAAAAGGGAAGAGACAUCUAGUGACCAAGAAGAUUCAUCUCCUCAGAUGGAUGACUUUGUUAGUGAUGAAGAAAUCGCACAUUCAAAUCAAAAGUGA